GAGGGAGGAUCAGUGAGCCCUGCAAGCAUGCAAGGAUCAAGCAACAGAAGGCAAAGGAAAAGAGAGCAGUGAAGACUUGCUGAGGACUAAAGGAUUAUUGGAAAUGUGAGAAGACACGGAGAGGAGAGAACCCUAUGGAGUACCGGCAGAGAAAUGCAAGGAGAGCGCAGCCAACUCAUCAUCCGCGGGCCAUUGGUCAGGAACUUGGACAAGUUGCUGAACUACGAAGGGAUCAUUAAGGGAAAGCCAAUGAGCCCUCGGAGCCACACCGGCUAUUGAGGCAUUCCAGCACACGGCCACAUUUUCAUCGACACUUUGGAUGUAAUCCGGCUGACUCCGACUGAUGUCCCUGCUUGACCCCUACCCCUUCAGCUCCUCAGGGGGCUGAGCCACCCUGCCAAAGAGUAUGGGCAGGAGAGUGGCCGACCCGACCAAUCCAGUACCCGCACUGGGAGUUCCCCUAGCGGUGGGGCGAUGGGGCCCGCUGUGCAGUGUCGGGGUGCAGACGUCUCCCGGGCUGCGGACUCUCUCUUCCAUCAAAAGACACGUCAGCCGAGCGGCCAACCCGCAGCGAGCCCUCACCGUGGCGACGGGCGCGACGCAGUCAGGAGGCGUUAUCUCAAGUGACGGCAACGGUCUGCCCCUGUCCAAGGAGACGUCUCAGAACGAAAUCAACAAACUGACACAGGAUGACAUGGGGUCACAAGGGUCAGGCAGUGGUGUUUACUGCCAGAUAAAAGCCAUACGGACCAAUGCUAAAGACUCCAGAGGUAAAAGGAUAGCGAGGUACACCAAUGGCAGCGUGGUGGGCUCCGACAUGCUGGGGGGAGUCUGCAGUGAAGCCCCAGAAGUCAAGGACGAGAGUCAGGAGAAGAGAAGAGUGCAGUCUCUACGUGGGGAGCGACACCGCUCGGUGGUGAAGACGGGGAAUGUUUGUACGACCGCCCACGUCACCCCGCCCCGGCCCUGUCGGAUGGCCACCGCCUCCUCGCCGCAGCUCUGUGGAACGUGCGGGCGUAGACGCUCGCAGCUCACCCAGUGCACAGGCGCAUGUCGGAGGAGGGCUGCGCCUCAGAUAUCUUCCAGCCAGACUUUACCUCACCCCGUAUGGAAGCGGGGCGUGGCCCAGAACUCCUCAAAGAAGGAGUGCACUUUGGACGGCAAAAAGCAAGAGACGUCAGUGAAGACCAACAGUCGAAUCCCGCAACUGUCGCACACCAUACCAAAAACGCACAACUCGCACUCCAGCAGUGCAGCGCCUACUCAGAAUAAGACGAGGCACCAGCAGAGCCGGCCGCGUUCAGCCGAGUUUACACACUGCAAGGACUCGGCCACACAAACCGCAGACUCACAGACCGGCAGGACUGUCACACACCCGCAGACUACAGCGCCAACAGACAAGCAUGAUCAACUUCAGCACACAAAUUCAAAACCUCCAGACCCUUCCGAUCAUACAAAAUGUAGCAAGCCCCCGGCUCUCCCUGCGAAAAACUCCCCGAAGUCGACUUCUUCCAAACCAUCUGGCCUUUUAGCUCACAGCAAAAACCCCCAGGAGACGGCGGGCAGUCCCAAACUCAACUCUUCUAAAGACACCAAACUGAUGAACUACACAAAUCAGAAGAGCAAAUCUUUAGACGACCAGACUUCGCCUUGCAAGACUCACAAGACGGCGCAAUGCAACGGCGCUCCAGGGGGACUACUACUGGGGACUGGGAGCGCCCCUGGUGGCCUGGAGGGCAAGUUACAGAGCGUGGAGGAGAACCUGGUGUCCAAUCAGGAGAAGAUCAAGGUGCUCCUUAAUGUCAUUCAAGACCUGGAGAAGAGCAAGGCCUUCAGCGAAGGCCGCAGCUCCUACAGAACAGGCCAGGACAUAAACAACUGCCCCACCUGCCAGAGGACGGCCUGCAUCAUCUACAGUGUGGAGCAUGACUUCCGUCUGCAGGAAGGACGCUUUCAGGGGGUGAUGGAGUCCCUGGAAGGAGAGUACGACGUGCCUGCGCCCGCCGCGACCAAACCCGUAGCCGCCGCCGCCGCCGCCGCCGCCGCCGCCUCCCCAGCCGGCCGUCCGAGCACCAAGGCCCGUGUCAAGAAGCUCCGCAAGAAGUGUUUCUGGUGGCUCUGACAGUAACGCAGCAGGCCUCUGAGCGACUUUACUGCGGCACAGUGGAUUUGGACACCAGUGCUGUACCAAAGUCCAAAAUAGCUGCUGAACUUCCAACAUACAGCAGAUGUAUCCAUUGCCCGUGUGCGGUCUGAAAGCCAGGCCGUUACAUGCCACGUAGGACUAUGUGUCACUCCGCAGAGUAACUGUCUCGGAAGAUACAUAAAAAAAAAAAGGAUUUAUGGCUGAAUGGAGCAACGAUGGAAAUGAAUCACAAGGUGUCAGUUCUCCAGCUGAGAACCUGGGAGUGCCACCAGGUGCUUGGUGGUUCUGUGUUUCUGAAGUAGAAGGAAGCAAUAAGGGACACAAGCAGGGAAGCCGUGUGGAAGAACUCUCAGGAAUAAAGAGACAGCCAGGGCGAAUGCAAGGUGCAAAGUGUUUGAGAUUGUAUUAGAGAACAUAUAAAGAGACAGCGUGAUGGAGCAGCAGAUUGCAGACUGACAGGCUGUCUCACAUUAUUAACAUUUGUGUCGCCGCUGACCCCCUGACUGAUUGAUUCUCCACUGCACACAUCCACAGUGGAAUCCCCACAGGCCUACACGUUCUACAACUGUUCUCUCUCACACACACACACACACAUGGUUGAAGACACACAUCGUACAAAACCCAAAAGCAGUGACGUUGUCACGUUGUGUAAAUGGUAAAUAAAAAGAGAAUACAAUGAUUUGCAAAUCCUUUUCAACUUAUAUUCAAUUUAACGGAUUGCAAAGACAAGGUAUUUAAUGUUUGAAAUAAUCAUUAACUUAAAUUUGAUGGCAGGAACACAUUGAAAAAAAGUUAUCCACUUUUGUCCACUAAAGACGCCGGGAUCAUUAUCCAUGCGUUUGUUACGCCUCGUCUCGAUUACUGUAACGUAUUAUUUUCGGGUCUCCCCAUGUCUAGCAUUAAAAGAUUACAGUUGGUACAAAAUGCGGCUGCUAGACUUUUGACAAGAACAAGAAAGUUUGAUCACAUUACGCCUGUACUGUAUAUACCUUUAUAUACAUAUAUACAUACAUAUAUACCUAUACUGUAUAUACCUUUAUAUACAUAUAUACAUACAUAUAUACCUAUACUGGCUCACCUGUACUGGCUUCCUGUGCACUUAAGAUGUGACUUUAAGGUUUUACUACUUACGUAUAAAAUACUACAAGGUCUAGCUCCAGCCUAUCUUGCCGAUUGUAUUGUACCAUAUGUCCCGGCAAGAAAUCUGCGUUCAAAAAACUCCGGCUUAUUAGUGAUUCCUAGAGCCCAAAAAAAGUCUGCGGGCUAUAGAGCGUUUUCCGUUCGAGCUCCAGUACUCUGGAAUGCCCUCCCAGUAACAGUUCGAGAUGCCACCUCAGAAGAAGCAUUUAAGUCCCACCUUAAAAGUCAUCUGUAUACUCUAGCCUUUAAAUAGACCUCCUUUUUAGACCAGUUGAUCUGCCGCUUCUUUUCUUUCUCCUAUGUCCCCCCCUCCCUUGUGGAGGGGGUCCGGUCCGAUGACCAUGGAUGAAGUACUGGCUGUCCAGAGUCGAGACCCAGGAUGGACCGCUCGCCUGUAUCAGUUGGGGACAUCUCUACGCUGCUGAUCCGCCUCCGCUUGAGAUGGUUUCCUGUGGACGGGACUCUCGCUGCUGUCUUGGAUCCGCUUUGAACUGAACUCUCGCGGCUGUGUUGGAGCCACUAUGGAUUGAACUUUCACAGUAUCAUGUUAGACCCGCUCAACAUCCAUUGCUUUCGGUCCCCUAGAGGGGGGGGGGUUGCCCACAUCUGAGGUCCUCUCCAAGGUUUCUCAUAGUCAGCAUUGUCACUGGCGUCCCACUGGAUGUGAAUUCUCCCUGCCCACUGGGUAUGAGUUUUCCUUGCCCUUUUGUGGGUUCUCCCGAGGAUGUUGUAGUCGUAAUGAUUUGUGCAGUCCUUUGAGACAUUUGUGAUUUGGGGCUAUAUAAAUAAACAUUGAUUGAUUGAUAUUCACAGGGGCAUUUUUACUUAUGUGUUACAUGGCCUUUCCUUUUAACAACACUCAGUAAAUCUCCUGAAGGAAUCAACAAAGUACUAUUUAUCUAUCUAUCUAUCUAUCUAAAUGUUUGGGAACUGAGGAGACACAUUUUUGAAGCUUUAUAGAUCAAUUCUUUCCCAUUUUUGCUUGAUGUACAGCUUAAGUUGUUCAACAGUCCGGGGUCUCUGUUGUGGUAUUUUAGGCUUUAUAAUGCACCACAUGGGAGACAGGUCCGGACUACAGGCAGGCCAGUCUAGUACCCGCACUCUUUUACUAUGAAGCCACGCUGUUUAACACAUGGCUUGGCAUGGUCUAGCUGAAAUAAGCAGGGGCGUCCAUGAAAAAUAUGGCGCUUAAAUGACAGCAUAUGUUGUUCCAAAAAGCUGUAUGUACCUUUCAGCAUUAAUGGUGCCUUCACAGAUGUGUAAGUUACCCAUGCCUUGGGCACUAAUGCACCCCCAUACCAUCACACAUGCUGGCUUUUACACUUUGCGCCUAGAACAAUCCGGAUGGUUCCGUUCCUCUUUGGAACAACGCCCACAGCUUCCAAAAACAAGUUGAAAUGUUGACCCGUCAGACCGCAAAACACUUUUCAACUUCGCAUCAGACCAUCUUAGAUGAUCUCGAGCCUAACAAAGCCAGCAGCGUUUCUGCGUGUUUUUUUAUAAAUUGCUUUGGCUUUGCAUAGUGGACUUUUAACUCGCACUUACAGAUGUAGCAAUCAACUGUAGUUACUGACAGUGCUUUUCUGAAGUGUUCCUGACCCAUGUGGUGAUAUCCUUUACACACUGAUGUGGAUUUUGGAUGCAGUAGCGUCUGAAGGACCCCAGGUGCGUAAUAUCAUCGCUUACAUGCAGUGAUUUCUCCAGAUUCUCUGUACCUUUUGAUGAUAUUACGGAGUGUAGAUGGUGAAAUCUCUAAAUUACUCGCAAUAGCUGCUUAAGAAAUGUUGUUCUUAAACAAUUUCGCUCAGGCAGUUGUUGACAAAGUGGUGACCCUCGCCCCGUCCUUGUUUGCAAAUGACUGUGCAUUUCAUGGAAGCUGCUUUUAUAGCCAAUCAUGGCACCCACCUGUUCCCAAUUAGCCUGUUCACCUGUGGGAUGUUCCAAAUAAGUGUUUGAUGAGCAUUCCUCAACUUUCUUCGUUGUUUUUGCCACUUGUGCAAGCUUUUUUGAAAUAUGUUGCAGGCAUCAAAUUCUAAAUCAGCUAAAAUUUGCAAAAAAAACAGUUUUCCCAGUUAAAAAAAUAAUUAUCUUGUGUUUGCAGUCCAUACAAUUGAAUAUAAGUUGAGUAGGAUUUGCAAAUCUUUAUAUUCUGUUUCGAUUUACCAUUUACACAACGUAACAACGUCACUGGUUUUGGGUUUUGUAUGUUCAAGGGCACAGGUGUGGACACACAAGAGAACCUGAGCCAAAAAAAACAUAGCUCAUAGCUCAAUGUGUGCUAGCUUUGUUUUUGUUACAUACCGGAGAUCGGGCUCAUUUUUUGUGAGACAUUAUGAAUACAUUCAGUUCACAACCUUGUUAACAAUCAGAUCCAUUACAAAAUAUGAGCAACGUUCUGCCCUUGCAAAGAUUCUAAUGCUGGGCUUUGAUUGAUAAUGUCUGCGUGGUACUCUUUUAAAAGACCUAUGAUGAUUUUAGUCUAGAUUAAACACACUUCCUUCUGGUCUGGAGAGUAAGUAUUGAACACGCUUUUAUUAACAAAUAUAUUCACUCACGACUUUCACACUUUGUCACCGAUUCUGUUCAUAACUUUUAUGGACAGAAUUUCUAGGCGCAGUCAAGGCGUUGAGGGGUUCCGGUUUGGUGACCGCAGGAUUAGGUCUCUGCUUUUUGCAGAUGAUGUGGUCCUGAUGGCUUCAUCUGACCGGGAUCUUCAGCUCUCGCUGGAUCGGUUCGCAGCCGAGUGUGAAGCGACCGGAAUGAGAAUCAGCACCUCCAAGUCCGAGUCCAUGGUUCUCGCCCGGAAAAGGGUGGAAUGCCAUCUACGGGUUGGGGAGGAGACCCUGCCCCAAGUGGAGGAGUUCAAGUACCUCGGAGUCUUGUUCACGAGUGAGGGAAGAGUGGAUCGUCAGUGCGGCGUUUUCAGUAAUGCGGACGUUGUACCGAUCCGUUGUGGUGAAGAAGGAGCUGAGCCGGAAGGCAAAGCUCUCAAUUUACCGGUCGAUCUACGUUCCCAUCCUCACCUAUGGUCAUGAGCUUUGGGUCAUGACCGAAAGGAUAAGAUCACGGGUACAAGCGGCCCAAAUGAGUUUGGGUCUCUCCCUUAGAGAUAGGGUGAGAAGCUCUGCCAUCCGGGAGGAACUCAAAGUAAAGCCGCUGCUCCUCCACAUCGAGAGGAGCCAGAUGAGGUUGUUUGGGCAUCUGGUCAGGAUGCCACUCGAACGCCUCCCUAGGGAGGUGUUUAGGGCACGUUCAACCGGUAGGAGGCCACGGGGAAGACCCAGGACACGUUGGGAAGACUAUGUCUCCCGGCUGGCCUGGGAACGCCUCGGGAUCCCCCGGGAAGAGCUGGACGAAGUGGCUGGGGAGAGGGAAGUCUGGGUUUCCCUGCUUAGGCUGUUGCCCCCGCAACCCGACCUCGGAUAAGCGGAAGAUGAUGGAUGGAUGGAUGGACUUUCACACCGACAGCAGAGUAUGUCAAACAACAUUUAAAUCUAACUUGCAGCUGCAGCUAUUGACAUCUUGAAGAGUUAGUUUGAAGAAAACAUGAGCUUGCUGACAGGCGGAGCAGUGAUUACUCUGGGUGCACGAUCAAUAUCGGGCAGAUAAUUAUCGGGCCAAAGUAAGGAAUUAUGACGUCAAACCGAUAAUUCUGAGAACAUCAGAAAUGGCUCUGGUAGGAUAUUUCUCCUCCCCAGCAAGUCAGAGCGAUUCAAAACUUGAGAAACCAGAUUCCUAAAAACACUAGAGUGCUCCUGGAGUACAGAUGACCUUGGACCACUGGCAGAUCCUUGCAUUGACAUUUCAACCCUGGAGUCCAAACGUGUGAUUUACAUAAACUGAAGGCAACACUUUAAAUCCUCUCAUUUGUGUCGGUUGCAAUUUGUUUGAGUAAUAUGAUUUAUAUAACUAAGGUGUUGCUGUAGCUUCUUUAGCUCCCAUGCAGUCUGUAGUCUUUUGUUCACCUUCUUUAGUUAUACUGGUGGCGUUCCUCAAGGUUCCAUCUUAGGUCCUCUCUUUGUUAUCAUUCGGGCUAUUCAACUACUGUUCAGUACGCAGACAUUUGGGAGGGACUCACAUUUUGGCAGAAGGUCCUUAACCCCGGGUGUCAAACGUACAGACCGCUAACAGGUUUUAUCCGGCUCGCGGGAUGAGUUUGCUAAGUUUACAAAUUGACCUAAAAUUGUUGAAUGAAAGAAAUAGUUCUUCUACAUGCAUUAGCAAUUCUUUGUAUCUCUGGAUGAUGGUACAUAUGUACAAAAUAAAACACAUGAUAUUA